CAAAUGCGGCCUUUUCUUCAAAUAAUAACAUUAUGGAUGACCUUGGAAUUUCUAGAUCUGACCACACGGAUACUGUACCCCAGGAAUCUAUCCAAAAUGGCGGCCAUGGGAUUUCUGUUUCCGGGGAACCACCACAGGAUGACCACAGGGUCGUGGUGUCCAGAGAACAGCCGUUAGCUGACCACAGAGUUACAGUGUCACGAGAACCGCCUCAGUACCUCGACAGACGACGAUCGUGGUUAACUGAGGAUAUUCCCGACGAUGAUGACGAUGACGAUGCUAUCGUCAUCCCUAUUCUACCUCUAGAAAUGGCUGUCAUUUGUUGUGUGACAAACUUCAUCCUUCCCGGUGUAGGCACGAUGAUAGCGGGUUUUUCUGUGCUGUGUUGUGCCAAAACAGACGACAUCACACCUAAACAGAAAUAUUCCUCCGCCAUAGUUGUAGUGGCGAUCGGUUUCCUCCAGCUGAUCAUGGUGUCCUGCUUUCUGAUUGGCUGGAUUUGGAGCGGGAUUUGGGGAGUCUCGUUAAUAGGAAAUUCAGCUGAAUAUUACAAAGAAUCCGAGUCCUCCAACUGGCGAGACGAUAGCCGUCGACGUUUACGGCCGCGGUCGAACCUUAUUUACCCCAUGCGGGCUAGAUCUAACAUAAGGUACCAUAGUCCUCCCCCGCCGUAUGAGAUGUACCGUACCCCACCCCCGGGGUACUCCAUGCCCGGACAGACGCUAGAUCAAGAGGAAACAGAAGUUCCGGCGGAACCCGAACCGGAUCGAAAUUUAGACAUGGUUGAAGAGAAUAUAAUUAGAAACGAAGAAAAUAACCCACAACCUCAGUACUGGCAGUGCAUGGUGUGUCGGAAACAAAACAAUGCUUCGGAACGCAAGUUUCAGUGUAACCGCUGUAUGGAGACAGUUUGUGAUUCUUGUUAUCAGCAGCACUUUACGACGCCAAACGGGGAGCGGAUCGUAGUGUGUGACACGUGUUACAAUGAACUCUCUCUCCCAAACGUCACCUGAAAUGUACCCAAUUUUAAGUUGCAUGACGUGUUAAUUUAUUGAAAGUGGAUAUUUUAAUUUGCAAAGAAGCUCCUGCAGUGGGUGAAAAAACGUGACAGUCACCAAAAGAUCGAAAAUAAUGCAUUUUACAAAUCUAUACUUUUUUUGUAAUUUUAAACGUAUGUAUAAUUUGGCA